CCAAGCUCACCUCGCUUGUUAAGCGCUAAUAACGCACGUCGCGGCGUCAAAAUACUCUCGUCUAUUGACCACUGACGAGAGCGCGCGCCGACGAUCGCGCGAUUUGUGUCGACAAGAAUCUGGAGUCUGGACUCUGACUGUCCAGACUCCCAACAAAGCGCAGCGCCGACCGGACGCGGCCAGACACGGCGGGCCAGACACGGCGCCUUGGGCCGUCGGCUUAGACACACACACACUGCGCGCCGCCGGAAACGUUGCCCACGAUCGACGAAACCGCCGCGCGUCGACACCGACUCGACGGGCCGAGGUCCGCCACCGGGGCGCGCCGCCGCCCGGGGCCAACCUCUAAUUCCCUUCGCAGGCACAAAAAACAACUUACGUGAUAAAAUGCCCGUCGUCGAGCUUCUUGGAACCAUUUUCGGGAGCAUCAUCGCCAUGGUCCCCAAGACUGCGGCCGCUGCCGGAGCCGGUAGCGGAACGCUAGCAAAGAUGACCACGAUCUGUGAACAAGUGCGCAUUGGAAUCGCCGGGAUCCUCGCGAACAUCGCGGGCCACCCCGUCGCGGUGGGCGCGGCG